AGAUUUUUGGCCCAAUGCCAGUAGUUUGGAAAGAGUAAUGGCCGACCAUAGCUAGAUAUUUAGACAUCCUGGGGGCAGUAGUGUCCCCCCGUACAGAGGGGGAUGCUGAGAUGAUGCAACUAGAGGAGGGGGCAGCAGUAGAUCAUCCGGCAGCUGCCAGCAGAAAAAGCUGACAUCCGAAACCGAUGCUGCCUCCCGUCUGGAGUUGUGAAUUAGCGAACUGUUUGCGACCGCAAAUGAACGCCUAUCGGACAUUUAGCACUGUGUCAAACACAUUAGCUAGGAGAACCUCAGAUUGAGAGCUGUAAAUGUAUCGGCAUCACAGAGCUCAGUAUGAAGAAGUCGGUCCGGCCAGCGGCGAGUAAGGUGAGCGGAGAUCGAGGGAAGGCAGAGGCCACAGCUACCGCUGGUAGCGGGAAGCCUGCAGCUAAGACCAGCACCACUGCACCUCUGUCUAAGGUAAAAAGCAAUGAUGAUCUUUUAGCAGCUAUGGCCGGAGGAAAUCCUGCAUCAAGUAAUGCCGUCAACAGGACCAAGAGGACUGCCACCGUUGGGACUAAUGCUUGCAGUCUAGACAGCAAGCCAAAGACAACUUCAGCUACAUCUUUCAAGCGUACAACCUCUUCCAUUUCCAAGGAGCCAAAUUCGUCACGAGACCGUCUCCGGACCUCCAGGACCUCAGCCAAUAAGAAGCAGUUGGUAUCAGGGACCACAGCGGGGGAUGUAACUUCAGGGAAGCGCUCUCGCAGCCACAUCCUGGCGGAGUCUGACGGCCGCAUGAGCAAGUCUAAAUCAGAAGGCCAGAUCAGCGAUAAGGUGGCUCUGGAGACCAAAGUGAAAGACCUGUUGGGUUUAGCUAAAAGCAAAGAUGUGGAGAUUCUCCACCUUCGCAGUGAGCUGCGGGACAUGAGGGCCCAGCUUGGCUUGGGAGGGAAGCAAGCAGCGCAGCAAGAAGAAGCUGCGGAGGAAGAGGAGGAGGAGGAGGAAGAGAAGAAGCCCCAGGUGUCAGCCAUCACAGCAGCUGACGUGGAGUCCACGCUGAUUCUCUUACAAGAGCAGAACCACGCCAUCAGGGAGGAGCUCAACCUGCUCAAGAGUGAGAACCGCAUGCUAAAAGACCGGCUCAACGCGUUGGGCUUCUCUCUGGAGCAGAGACUCGAUGCCUCUGACAAGCUGUUCACCUACGCCUCCCUGAGCCCGGACCUGACAGCAGGUAGUGGGCAGAGUGAUGGCGGGGGAACAGGUACGCUGACGUCAUCGGUGGAAGGCUCUGCCCCAGGCUCGUUGGAGGAUCUUCUCACAGGACACCAGCACGGAGGCUCAGCAGACAACCUGGACAGUGAAUCCAGCGAGGUCUACCAGGCAGUCACCUCCAGCGACGAUGCUUUGGACGCCCCUUCCGGAGCUUCCUCGUCAUCUGAAUCGGAGUGCGCCCCCAGCAGGGAAUGCUCGCGGCGGGGCAGCAGCGGUAACGCCAGCGAGGUGUCAGUGGCCUGUCUGACGGAGCGCAUCCACCAGAUGGAGGAGAACCAGCACAGCACUGCCGAGGAGCUCCAGGCCACGCUACAGGAGCUGGCAGACCUGCAGCAAAUCACCCAAGAGCUGAACGGAGAGAACGAGCGGCUGGGCGAAGAAAAGGUGAUCCUCAUGGACUCCCUGUGCCAACAGAGCGACAAGCUGGAGCUGUAUGGGCGACAGAUUGAGUAUCUGCGCUCUCUGCUGGACGAUCAUCACAUAUCGUACGGACUAGAGGAGGACAUCAAGAGUGGCCGCUACUUGGAGCUGGAGCAGCGCUACGGAGAACUGGCAGACAACGCCCGCUUUGAGAGAGAACAGCUGCUGGGGGUUCAACAACAUCUGUCCAACACACUGAAGAUGGCCGAGCAGGACAACGCCGAGGCUCAGGAGAUGAUCGGAGCGCUAAAAGAGAGGAACCACCAGAUGGAGCGCAUCAUGGAGUCCGAAAGACAGGGUCGAGCUGCCAUGGGGGCCACGCUUGAGGAGUACAAGGCAGCGGUGAGCAGUGACCAGGCGGAGCUGAGCCGCUGCAGAACUCAGCUAGACCAGGAGAGGCAGAGGGUUGCCGAGCUGUACUCUCUUCACACCGCAGGGGACAAAAACGACAUCUGCCAACUGCUGGAAGGAGUGCAUCAGGGGAAAGAAGAGGCGGAGGCCAAGGCGGCCAAGUUGCAGAAGGAGCUGGAACAAGCCCACAGUGAGCUCACUCGGCUGCAGGAGUCUUUCAGUACGCUGGACAGGGAGUACAGAGACUUCCAGGAGCAGGUGCAGCAGCAGAUGGCCGAGCAGGAGCGCAUGCUGGAAAAGCAACGUGCGGAGCUGCAGGAGAAAGACACCGAGAUCGCAGACAUGAAGGAAACCAUCUUUGAGCUGGAGGAUGAGGUGGAGCAGCACCGAGCUCUCAAGCUCCACGACAACCUAAUCAUCACAGACCUGGAGAACUCACUGAAGAAGCUGCAGGACCAGAAGCACGACAUGGAGAGAGAGAUUAAGAUUCUUCACCGCAGGCUAAGGGAGGAGUCAAUGGAGUGGCGUCAGUUUCAGGCCGAUCUGCAGACAGCUGUUGUCAUUGCUAAUGACAUCAAGUCUGAAGCCCAAGAGGAGAUCGGGGACCUGCGGCGCCGGCUGCAGGAAACCCAGGAGAAGAACGAGAAGCUGUGCAAGGAGCUGGACGAGGUUAAGAGCCGCAAGCAGGAUGAGGAGAGAGGCCGAGUGUAUAACUACAUGAAUGCAGUGGAGAGGGACCUGGCUGCUCUCAGGCAGGGGAUGGGUCUCAGCCGGCGAUCCUCCACCUCCUCAGAGCCCUCGCCGACCGUCAAAACACUCAUCAAAAGCUUCGACAGUGCGUCACAAGGUCCACCUUCCAAUGGCAGUGUCUCUGUGACUCCAACCGCCUCGGCUGCUCCGCUGCCACGCACCCCCCUCAGCCCCAGUCCCAUGAAGACGCCACCAGCAGCUGCCGUUUCCCCCAUACAGAGACACUCCAUAUCCGGCUCUAUGUCAGCAGCCAAGCCGCUCUCCUCCCUGAGUGAUAAGAGGCCCAGCUACACAGACAUCACCAUGCCAGCUGAGCACCUUCUCAGGGGAACCUCGGCUAGCCGGCCUGCGGCUGUCAUCCAGAGGGUCUCCAACAUGGACUCCACCAAGGCAAUAUCAGCGUCCCGCCGGAGCAGUGAGGAGAUAAAGAGGGACAUGUCUGCCCCAGACGCCUCCUCAACCUCCUUGAUGGCUAUGAGUGCUGCCUCCUCCCCGCUCUCCUUGUCCUCCUCCUCUCCCACCGCCUCCGUCACUCCCACAGCACGCAGUCGUUUAAGAGAAGAGAGAAAGGACCCCCUGUCAGCACUGGCUAGAGAGUAUGGAGGCUCCAAGAGAAAUGCUUUGCUAAAGUGGUGCCAGAAGAAGACUGAGGGUUAUCAGAAUAUUGAUAUCACAAACUUCAGCAGCAGCUGGAAUGAUGGCCUGGCCUUCUGCGCUGUGCUUCACACCUACCUGCCUGCCCACAUCCCGUACAAGGAGCUCACCAGCCAGGAGAAGAGAAGAAACUUCACCUUAGCUUUCCAAGCUGCAGAGAGUGUUGGCAUCAAAUGCACUUUGGAUAUAAAUGAGAUGGUGCACACAGAAAGGCCAGAUUGGCAGAGUGUCAUGACUUAUGUCACAGCCAUAUACAAGUACUUUGAAACCUGACUCCAUCUUCUCAGCACCUCUGCUCCUGCAGCACAAUCAGAUCCCCGCCAGCCGUCCUGAGCACCCAGCAACUUCUCAACCGCACGGGCUGCAGUCAGACCUCAUUGACCGCUUCCCUCCUUCACCACAGCAACACCAUCAUGCUGCAUGUUGGCCCUCAGUGUUUAGUAAUGCUAAAGGCAGAGAAGAACCUCACUGGACUCACAUACUGCUACUCCAUUCUUCCACUGCAGUGUAGAAGGUGCGUUGGGUAGAGUUGUAGUCUAAGGGCUUGAACUGUUACGUUAGUAAGCCAUUAAAAGCAACUGUGGCCAAAGCGUGGUGAACCAAGUAUGAACUGACCAGCGGUGGACUCCCGAAGAUCAUCUUUGUCUUCGGUUCACGUCUGAAGGAGCAGCAUGAAAAAGAAACUCAGUGUCUCAGUGCCUUCCACCUGGCUUUUAUUGGCAGACAAUUUAACUUCACCGUUAACCUAGUUUCCAGGGUGUUAAAGGGGGAAUUCCUGCAAAUCUGACUUUCAACCUGCUACUUUGCAAGUGGAGUUAAAAACCCACCCAAUGUUUUUUCUUUUGAUUGUGAUCAUUGUGUGAAAGCUUCUACAGAAUAACAAAGCAAAAAUCAGUGUUGGAAUUCCCCCACAACCCUAAAAAUUCCCUUUUUGAAAGGAAAUUCAGACGGACACAGGCUUUUUUUGCACCAAGUCUUCCAGACGUCACAGUUUGAUACGGAUUCCUCUCUUUCAAUGGAUAAAGUGCCUGUGUGAAUUUUGAGCAGGAGACCAGGACAUGAGCUCCCUCUACAGAGGCAGUGUCUUUUCACUACAGUUUGUGAAGCUGAAGAUUUAGAGGAGUUGUUGCCAAAUAUGUUUCAGAGCCUUUUGAUUGUCGAUUUCUGACUUAUUGGUCUUCAGGGCAGAGUGAUGCUACUUCAACAGCCUUGGAUUGUGCCUAACUGAAAAUAUGCUACUACACGUUUUGUUAAGCAGCACUAACACACUCUUAUGAUGGUUUUUCACUAUAAGAUUCUUGAAGGUUGACUAAUGUUCAGUUGAUGUGUAUGGAGUUCAACGCCAAUGUGAGUGUUUGCAUUUUGUAGGCCUGCAUUUGCCAUCUUGCACUUAGACUUCUUUCCUCAGGCACAUACAGCACACUGCAUAAUUUACUCAUGACCAAAAAAAUUGUAGUAUUUAGUCUUUUGAUAUGGUUUGAUUGACGUUUAAGUUCUGUUUAGAUUAGAAAACCUGAAUCUCAAUCAGCCUGAUGGUCUAAUUAGAAAAGUAUUCUCUCACCAUGGCCUUUAUGUUUGGGAAAUGUGCUCUUGUUUUGGAAACUAACAGAAAUAGAUUCAUAGGUAGAAACACACUUUUUAAGGUCAAUUCAGCGUUCCAUUUAAGGAAUAGUUUGUCAGUUACAGGGAAAUACACUUCAUUGUUUUGCAGAAAGUUAGAUAAGAAGAUUGAUACCAUUGUAAGCAAUGAGAUUGGUAUCAAUCUUCUCAGCCAACUCUUGGCAAGAAAGCAAACAAGUGUAUUCCCCAAAAUGUCAAACUGUUCCUUUAACAAAAGCAAACGUUGCAAAACCAUGACAUGGAGCACAAAAUAUGCACAAGUAAUCGGACAAUUCAUUGUACCACUGACUUCUGGUUUGUGUUAAUACUAAUGCUGUAUUAGACAGGUAGUCUAGUACGACUAGCCGUCACUAUAGAGAAACGUUGUGGCACACAGUCAUUUAAUUUGUGUUAUUUCAGUCAGCAGCAUUAAUGUUUACCUCUCAGUCUCUAUUUAAUAUUUAUAAGCAGUAUACAAGCCUUUCAUAAAUGGUUUAUUACAAACUGUAAUGUAGUUGUAAGCAGCUUUAAGGACAUGUUUUAAAGUGUAUUCAUUUGUUGUGUUUGUCAGCAAUAACAAAU